AGAAGAAGAAGAAGAAGAAGAACAACUGUUAAAAGACCACUCUGAUUCUGAAUCAGACGAACAAGAUGAAGAGUGGGCUAUUCUUGUAGAAGAAGCAGGCGAAAGUACGCAUGAUUUUGAAAAUGAUCAUCCUACUUUAAGAUAUAUCUUUAUUGGGGUUUCGAUUGGGUUGAUCUUUAUUCUAUUCAAGUUUGGCUUAAACAAGUUUUCAGAAGCAACAGAUCAUCAUGAUAGAGCAGCAGAGAAACUGUAUUAUAAUGGAUCUGAUUAUUUUGCAUCUACAGUCAUCUUGAUUUCCUUGGAUGGAUUUCGCCCAGACUAUCUUAACCGAGGCAUCACACCCAAUAUGAAAAAAAUAACUGAGGAUGGUGUCAUGGCUAAAUACAUGCACCCUGCAUUUCCUCCAAGUACAUUUCCUAAUCAUUGGACAUUAGUCACUGGUCUUUAUCCUGAAUCGCAUGGUAUUGUUGCCAAUCAGUUCUAUGACCCUGUAUUAGAUGCUACUUUUAUUCAUUCAAACCAUACUUCUACUUCUGAUCAUCGCUGGUGGAAAGGUGAACCUAUAUGGGUGACUUCAAAAAUGAACAGAAAGCGUAGUGGAUCUAUUAUGUGGCCUGGAUCAGAUACCCUUUUCAAUCCACCCGACAAAGUAGUGAAAUACAAUGGGACAAUGACCGCCAAAGAAAAGAUGGAUAUCACCUUAAAUUGGCUUGAUUUACCUUAUAAUGAGCGACCCCAGAUUUAUACUGUCUAUGUACCCCAGAUUGAUCAAGAAGGACAUCGAGGAGGACCUUAUAGUGCCAAGAUGAACAGUCAUAUCAAACAAGUAGAUAAUGCUUUAGGCUAUUUGAUAGAGCAAAUUGAACUUCGACAUCUUGAUUCACAUGUCCAUAUUGUGAUUGUGAGUGACCAUGGUAUGGCAGAAACAGACAGUUCUCGGUUGAUCUAUUACGAUGACAUACUCUCCAAAGAUGUAUUACAGCAUGUCAUGCACAGAGAAGCAUUCCCUUUACUUGACUUGAGACCUGAUAAACAAGCCCCCUCAGAUACUAUACAAAAGAUGUAUCAUCAGCUAUAUGCUUAUACCCAAACCAACCAUUCAGCUCACUAUCAAGUCUUUUUAAAACAAGAUAUACCAGAACGAUAUCACUAUAAACACUCUGAUCGUAUUACACCUGUCGUGGCUAUCCCUGAUGUAGGCUAUACAUUUGUAACUCAUCAAGACAAGUUUGUAAAGGGUGGUAAUCAUGGCUAUGAUAAUUUAGCAGAUGAAAUGCGUGCCAUCUUUUUAGCCAAGGGACCUAAAGUGAAUCGUGCCUACAGAGAAGGUACUGUAUUAGCGCCCUUUUUUAAUACAGAAGUCUAUGAGUUUAUAACAGAAUUACUGAACAUGGAUGCAGCACCUAAUAAUGGUACACUGCGUGCUGAUUUCCCUAUCCUUACUACUCCUCCUUUGUUGUAAAAUAAAAAUCCUUUUAUUGUUUAAAUA